AUGGCUUCAAUCGAUAUACCAUUUCUUCAUGGAUCUAAAGAUCGUAAUGUAUAUGCUAAUCCGGAUGUUUAUACUAGUGCUGGAGUUGUUGCCACCACGUAUUCACGAUUUAAAACAAGCUUUUGGAUUGAUAGGAUUUUACUCAUUUUAACUGUAUGUAUCCCUGUCAUUCAAGCAUUAGUUCUCUUAUUAUUGCAUGCUCUUCUGGGCGUUACUCGUUGUCUUCCAGAUACAAAAGAAAAUAAACUUGAUUAUUACACAAUUACAAAUACAUUUAUUGAUCGUGCAUGUGGUCUACAACUGACUACGGAAGUACUGCAAGGAACAGUUAAACGAUUACCACAUUCUUUUAAAUCUUCAAGUCAAAUUCAUUCUGAAUCAGAAGUAACCAAUAAAGAAAUUAGUACUAUUCGUCUACAGCAUGAAUGUUAUCCAUUUGUUUUAAUUAUAUAUGCAAUAGCAAUGUGGAUACCUCAUUACUUAUAUCAUCGCUCUACAGAUCGAACUGCUAGACGUGAUUUAUGCUUGGUACGUGCCGAAUUACAUAGUUUCAGAAGAGCUGUUACACAAGAACUUGCUUAUUUACAAACACUUGCAACUGCAUCAACUGAUGUUGGUGCACCAACUGGAACUUUUCUAUCGCCUACAUCAACUAUUCCAACAGGUCCUAUAAUACGUCAAAAUGGUUUAUAUUAUCCUCAUGCUGGAAUAGGAUAUGGUGUACAAAAUGAUGGAACUAGUGGACGUACAACUGCUGCAACAUUUGGUGGUGGAUCAGCUCUAUCACAAACAACUGUACCAACUGUGAUUCAUGCACAACAACAAUCUACAACAAUUGGUACAAUUAGAUAUGGUGGUAUUGGUGGUGGUAUUGUUGAUAGUCCAACACUUUCACCAGCUAUACCAAUAAGUUUUGGUGAUGCUGAUUUAUCAGCUCCAGGUUUAUUAGAUUUACCAUGUUUUCAUGCAUGUCAUGCAGAUUGGUCAUUAAAUACUUAUUUAGCUGCAUGGCAAAAUACCGAUUUCUAUUGGUCAAGAUAUAUAACUAAACAUAUAGUUUUAUUAGUAUUUCAUGGAUGCACUAUUUUAUUCACUUUUAUUAUUAUUGGUAUUUAUAAAGGUACACCAUUUGCACCAUUAUUUCUAUGCCAAAUUAAUGAUUAUCAAUUAUCGAAUAAAUUAUUUAUUUGUAUGUUACAAACAACCUUUAUUGUAAAUAUGUCUAUAUUAAGUAUAGGCUUUUUAAAUUUAACUGGAUUAAUAUUACAAAUGAUUUAUUUCUAUGAAAAUUUUAUACAUAUAUUUUGGUUAUUUAAUAAUAAUGGAUCUUAUAUGGGUAUAACAACACAACCAAAUAUUUUUUUAACUGGUGUCGAUGAAAGUCGACGAUGUUUUUUUGCUGAUUAUAUACGUUUAUUAG